UAUUUGCCUACCGCUCCAACAGAUCCACGGAAGAUCCCAUUUCUAUCGCUAUUCACACGGCCGUAACACAUCUGGACAAGAGGAACACCUAUGUGACAAUUCUGUUCACUGACUACAGUUCAGCAGUCAACAUUAUUGUUUCCGCCAAGCUCGAAACCAAGCUUAGAGCCCUGGGUCUGGACACCACCCUCUGCAACUGGAUCCUGGACUUCCUGAUGGGCAGACCACAGGCUGCGAGGAUUGGUAAGGUUCACCCAUGACUGCGUGGCUUUGCACGACUCCAGCUCCAUCAUCAAGUUUGCUGACGACACCACAGUUGUAGGCCUGAUAACCAACAAGGACGAGUCCGCCUAUAGGGAGGAGGUAAGUGAACUGGCAUUAUGGUGCCAGGACAACCUCUCCCUCAACGUCAGCAAAACAAAGGAGUUUAUUGUUGACUUCAGGAAGCAGAGGAGGGAACAUGCCCUGAUCCGCAUCCAUAGGACUGCAGUAGAGAGAGUCAGCAGUUUAAAGUUCCUCGGCGUCCACAUCACAGAGGACUUGUCAUGUACCAACAACACCACCACUCUUGUCAAGAGGACACGACAGCGCCUGUACUUCCUGAGGUGGCUGAAGAAAUUCUACAUGCCAGCCUGGGUCUUCUCCAAAUAAUACUGCUGCACCAUCGAGAGCGUCCUGACCAGUUGCAUCACAGCCUGGUAGGGGAAUUGGUCCUUCCACGAUGGCAAGGCCCUCCAGCGGGCCCUCCAUAUGGCCCAGUACAUCACUGGGACUGUGUUCCCACCCAUCCAGGACAUCUACUCAAAACAGUAUCUGAGGAAGACCUGCAGAAUCAUCAAAGACACCACACACCCCAGUCAUAAGCUGUUCACUCCCUUACUGUCGGGUAGAUGUAUCGGGGCAUGAAGUCUGAUACCAACAGGCUCAGAGACAGUUUUGAUCUACAGGCCAUCAGACUACGUAUCUUUUUAAAAAUGUCUUAUUGUUGCAUUGUCAGUAAGGAACUUGCAAGUAAGCAUUUCAUUGGACAAUGUAUUCCAUGUGUAUCCCGUACAUACGACUACUAAACUUGAAACUAGAUAGCUAGCAGCAAUUAAAAUCUCAAUAUAUUCUCCCCCAUUCCCUCCUGGCUUCCUGUUUGCCAUUCUACUACUGUACCAUGUGACACGCGCUUGCCUGUUAUCACCACACACGUGUUUCCUGUUCUCUUCCAGGCGCUGAGGAUGACAUGAGGGAGCCAACCUGGUUGUGUCCGGAGGUCCGAGCCCUCUCUCUUCUCCUUCUCUCCUCCUCUCUUUCUGCCCACUACCUGUGUGUGUGUGACGGUCAUGACUUAGGGUUGGUGUGAGCCCACCCUCCCUUCCUUGGAGCACUGCAUCUUGGAGACAGUGCUUCACUCGCCCUGCUUACAUGAGCCAGCAGGACGCGGCUGCGGUCCUCGCACUCUCCGAGCGCCUCCUGGUAGCCUCGCACAAGGGCCAGGCCGACAAUGUGGUCCAGCUCAUCAACAAGGGCGCCAAAGUAGCCGUCACCAAGUACGGCAGAAGUCCCCUGCAUCUGGCCUCCUAUAAGGGCCACACCGAGGUUGUGCGCAUUCUCCUGAAGGCCGACUGCGAUCUGGACAUCCAGGACGAUGGUGAGCAGACAGCCUUACAUCGGGCAGCCGUGGUGGGAAACAGUGAUGUUAUCUCUGCCCUCAUCCAGGAAGGGUGUGCUCUGGACAGACAGGACAAGGACGGUAACACGGCUUUGCAUGAGGUCUCGUGGCACGGCUUCAGCCAGUCUGUCAAACUGCUGGUCAAGGCCGGAGCCAACAUUCACUCAAAAAACAAGGCAGGGAACACAGCCCUCCACCUGGCCUGUCAGAACGGCCACGCUCAGAGCUCCAAGGUCCUGCUGUUAGGUGGCUCCAGGCCCGACAGCAAGAACCAUGUGGGUGACACGUGUCUGCAUGUGGCGGCCCGUUACAACCACGUGUCCAUGCUCCGCAUCCUCCUGGGAGCCUUCUGUUCUGUGGGAGAGAAGAACCAGGCUGGGGACACACCGCUGCAUGUUGCAGCAGCGCUGAAUCAUAAGAAAACGGUGCGUCUUCUGCUAGAGGCUGGAACAGAGAGCAGCAUCCGCAACAACGCAGGCCAGACUGCACUGGACCAGGCCAAAGACCACAACAACCCAGACAUAGCUCUGCUUCUGACCAAAGCACCUCAGGUCCAGAGCUUCACCCGAGGCAGGAUUGUGAGGAAGAGGAGGGACAAGCUGAAGGCUGAGCGCCGAGCACAGUCUGUGCCCAGGGAUGAGAUGCUCCCCAGGAAGGACAGUGCAUCUGCUGCUGACGACACUCACAGCAGCGACCUCGUCGCCCGCAAACACGAGGUGGUCGAGGCGAGCGCCGGCAAGAGCACAAACAGGAAGCUCAAAGAGAAGCCCUCGCUCUCCGACCCCCUCCGCCGGAGAGAGAACAAACACGGAAAGAAGAGGCGGGGCCAACUGCGUGGCUCCUCCCCCCAGCCCCCGCCUCACAACUACAAGGCUUAUCAGCUGUACACUCUGUACCGCGGCAAGGAUGGCAAGAUCAUGCAGGCACCUAUCAAUGGCUGCCGCUGUGAGCCUUUGAUCAUCAAGCUGGAGAACCAGCUGGAGGCCACCAAGGAGGAGAUGAAGACGGAGAUCCACACGGUGCAGGACCUGAUGAACAACAAGAUGGGACAGUUGGACCGCAAGAACAAACAUCAGAUCCGUGCCCUAGAUAAGAUGACAGUAGAGAGAGUUUCAGCGGAGAGGACAGAGUGCCAACACAGGAUCGACCAGAGGGCCAUGCAGGAGAGACAGGAGGGGGAGAAGAGACAGCAGGCAUCAGUGGUGAGCGAGCUGAGAAACUGGUGCCUGGCCAAGCUCCAGAACAUUGAGGUGCGUGUCACUGGAGACCCCCGCAACGCCAAGCUGCGUCAGUCCUCGUCCAUGGCUGAAGGCCUGUGUGCGAUGGCCCCUGGGAGCCUCACUGUGUUGCCUGCAGGAGGGCCUGGGUGCAGCAUCGAGUGUCUGGCCCCCCACACCACUGACCUCACAGAGGGAGACCCCAAUGCGGCCGCCACAGAGGACCACUCAGCCAAUCACAACUUUGGGGUUCAGGUGGACAGCUCUCCAGACGGUGGUAAACAUCACAAGCGAGAAAAGAUCUCCUCCCCAACUGCCGCUAAGUCCCUGUCCCCAUCUCCCCAAGUGGUGCGGCCCAAGGAACGCUCGCUGUGUUCUCCUGACCCCCGCAGGCCAUACCAGGGACUGCAGGACAUGGCACUGCUGGAUUUGGCGCCGAGCAGAGGCGGCAACAACCAGCGGGCCAGCAGCCUGUCCCCAGCCACCGAGCGCCGCUGCAGCACCAGGCAGGACAAGGACUGCGACAGGGAGAGGGAUAGAGACAGGGAGCGGGGCAGGGACAAGCACCACAAGAGGCACUCCCAGGGCAGAACUAAGGCCAAGGGGGCCUCGGUGGGGCAGGCCGAGGGGACUCAGACUCUGGGGGUGUUUGGGGAGAGAGCCGUGGAGAGAGGUGGGGGGGAGGGCUUUGCACAGGAGAGGGAGAACAUGCACGCCCUGGAGGUGACACAGUACUUCUUUGAGGCGGUGUCGACCCAGAUGGAGCACUGGUAUGAGAGGAAGAUCCAGGAGGCCAGGUGGCAGGCGGACCAGAGGGCCCAGGCAGACAGGGCUGCCCUGGUGGAGAGGAUCACCUACCUGGAGGACGAGCUACGCACGCUCAGGACUAACAGGCACGACGACAGCUAACACAGGGACACCACUGCAGAGUAUAGAGCUACACCUUCAGAACAGCAAAAAAAUCAUCAUCUGAGCUCAUUACAGAUCAACUGGACCCACCGACCCAAAAAAAUGUCAUUGACUGAAUUUAGCAUAUGUAAUACUUUUGGUAAAUAAUGUCAUGCAACAGUAGAAAAUAAUCUGUAUAGUAACUUAUUUUAAAGGCAUGUUAUGGCAUGCCAAGACUAUUCAGUAUAAUGUGGUCUUGUUAUUCAUUUGUUUUGGGCAGCUCCUGCUUUGUAAAAACCCCUAGUAGAUUUACUGAUAGUUAUUUAUAAUGUAUUAUGUCAUGGGGCCAUCACAGAACUGGUACACGCACACACCUGGGCACAGUGUCAUGUGGUCAUUAAGUCAACAUGCCAAUACUCCAGUGUUUUUUAUCCUGUGAUGAGAAAGCCUGUUAUGUGAAAGAUUCUGGAGGUUUGCUUGUGGAAAAUGUGGGUCAUAUUUUUCGUGACGUUCUUCACGUGUAUUCAAUGAGAGAGUAGAGAAAGACAAACGCAGACAGCGGAAAUAGUUGAGGUAACCAGGAUGCUUAAAAUAUCAGUAGAAUACGCUACUGCAAAGCUUUCAUACAGAUAUGUGACUUACAAGGGUAACAGAACUCAAGAGAAUACAGCCAAACUGGCAAUGGCUUAACUAUUAAGAAAACUUUAGUAAUCAUAACCUUUACUCCAACCCACUAAUGUAUGUUUCUUUAAUGGUAAAAACCGUAACACCCUACCGCUUGUCCUUAGCACUAAAACGAGGUACUGUUAAGAAGAACCCGUUUGCAUGGUGGAAAGUCUGUUUUUAAUCUUCUGAAAUAGACCUGUGCAAACAGUGUAUUAGUUAGUGCUCAUGUGUGACAUUUGUCCUGUUCAGGUGUGAAGUCGUGUACAUUGAUGCCUUUGUUGAUAUGAACACACAUUCUGUGUAGUAAAAUAGAUCUCAAAUUGA